AUGACUGCGAUUAAGCGAAUGAGCUCGGCCUUUUCUAUCGAAAGCAUUUUAGGAAAUCAUUUAACCUCCGAUAAUCAACAAACCGCCGCUGAACCAAUAAUAACGCCUCGACGGUGCGAUCCAAAUCUUAAAGAUUUCAAAGAUCAUACGAUAUUUACUAAUAAUCUGAGCGUUAAUGAGGUAGAUGCCACGGCUCGCCGCUCUUUCGCUUAUCAAACAACAGAUCAACAAUUGUUCACUAACAAUAAUGAAAACACAUUUGCAUUUAAUGAAAUUUACAAAUCACCUACAGCAUCAUUAAUGCAUCAUUACUUGAAUGCGGAUUUAUCGACAAAUUUCGCCUCCUUACAAUCGCAAUUUCUGAACAAUGGUGUAACCAUGCCUGCAAAUCCAACUACGGAACUAACAGCAUCAUCAUUGUACUGGAAGAGCCGUAGUCCACAACAAAUAAUUUAUAAAGAUGCCGUUCAUCAGAUGCUGUGCACUAAUGCAUAUAAUGCUACGAAUUAUUACAAUUUCAUUGAUUCCCGUAUUAAACGUAAAGGGGGGCAGAUACGGUUUAGCUUCGAGCAGACUAAACAAUUGGAAUAUUUUUUUGCCAAUGCUAAGUAUUUAACACCGGAGGAACGUCGACAUUUGGCAAUGCAAUUGAAACUGAGCGAUCGUCAAGUGAAGACGUGGUUUCAAAAUCGUCGCGCCAAAUGGCCGUAA